CUCACAAGCAGUGUAGACAUUUGGGGUGACAGUUAGCUCUUUAAUCUCUGCUGUGCAAGGCCAGUCUGUGCAGAGGGGUGCUCCUGCUGUGGGCUGCAGGGACCACUUCAACCAGGCUCAGCAUUUCCUGCACUGCCAGGGAACAUACUCAGAGCUCAACUCUGACACCAGAAGUCUCUUUUCCUUCAGGAGCUGCAUACUACUCUCCAGUUCCACCCACAUCGAUGUAAAUGCUGCAGAGGACACACUGCCAGAGGGUGAAAUACAAGCUCCCACAGAUACCAUAAAGUACUCUGCCUCUGCUCCCCCUGCAUUGUUAUUGCAGAAGAAAAUAAUAAAUAACAGAGCUUCACACACCACAUCAGUGCCUUCUACUGCUCCAGCCAUGGGUCAGUCCUCCUCUUCCACACCCCCUUAUACAAAGGGUGGUGAUUUGGCAUCCAGUUUUGAAAAGUUUUUUAAGGACUUCAAGCUGGAAAGCAAAAUCCUCUCUCAGGAAACCAUCACGUUGAUCGAAACACACCUGAAGGAGGGGAACAUUCAGAGAGUGAUUUCUGCAAUUAGUGACGCAUUGAGAGACAUUGACAAUGCCCCUCUGAACAUUGCUGUGACCGGGGAACCUGGGGCAGGGAAGUCCAGCUUAAUCAAUGCUCUGCGGGGGGUGGGGCAUGAGGAAGAAGAGGCUGCCCCCACCGGGGCAGUGGAGACAACCUUGGAGAGAAUCUCAUACAAACACCCGAAGGUUCCCAAUGUGAUAUUUUGGGAUCUGCCUGGUAUCAUGAGCAUUACCUUUCAGCCACAGAAGUAUCUGAAGAAAAUGAAAUUUAGUGAGUAUGAUUUCUUUAUUAUCAUCUCUGCUACACGCUUCAAAGAGAGUGAUGUGCAUCUGGCUACAGCAAUUAAAAAAAUGAAGAAGAAAUUCUACUUUGUCCGAUCUAAAGUGGACAGUGAUUUACAUAACGCACAAAGAACUAAACCCAGCACUUUCAAUAAGGAUGAAAUCCUGCAAAGGAUCCGCAAUGACUGUGUGGAUCAGUUGCAGAGAGCCAAUAUGAGUGACACGCAGAUCUUCUUAGUCUCCAGCCUUGAUUUGUCUGACUAUGAUUUCCAAAGCCUGGAGACCACCCUUCUGAGGGAGCUCCCAGCCCACAAGCGCCACAUCUUCAUGCAAUACCUGCCAAAUGUUACUGAGGCUGCCAUUGAUCGGAAGAGGGAUUCCCUGAGACAGAAGGUCUGGCUGGAGGCCCUGAAAGCUGGAGCAUCGGCUACCAUCCCUUUCAUGGGUUUGAUCAGCGAUAAAGAUGUAGAGAAGCUGGAACAGACUUUAACCCUCUACAGGUCUUACUUUGGGCUGGAUGAUGCAUCCCUGGAAAUCAUAGCCAAGGACUUGCACGUGUCAGUGGAGAAACUCAAGGCAAACCUUAGGUCUCCCCAUUUGCUAUCAAUUGAGAAGGAUGUUGAGUCAUUAGGGGAAAAACUGUUGAGAUAUGUGGAAAAACUCUGCUCUGUUAGUGGAGGACCCUUUGCCACUGGUGUUUACUUUAGGAAGAUUUUCUACCUGCAAAAUUAUUUCCUUGAGACUGUGGUGAGUGAUGCAAAAGUUCUUCUUAGAAAAGAAGAGAUUUUUAAGGACCCUGUGGACUCCGGGCAAGCCUGUUUACUUCAGAAUGCUGGGAAUGAAAAUGGGAAAAGUGAGGCAGCCAGCUCCUGAAUGAUUCUCAGUGUUGGCCUGGCACUGGUGCCUGGAAAGAUGACUUAGGACGUCCCUGAAACAAUCCAGACCCACUGCCCUCAAGGUGUAUCACAGACAUUUCCAUAAUACACUCUUGAACAAACCAUGAACUUAAUGACUGUUAUUUGACAGUGAGAACAAUCAGCUCUAAAGAAUCUUUUCAUUUGAUCCUUCCUGGGAAAAUGAAGGACAGGAAUCUGGAAUGUUAUACUUAGCAGAGAGAAUAUCUCUUUGUGUGAUGGUUACUACAUACUCAGCACUGGUUUUUCUACUGGCACAGGAGUAAAAAAUGGCUGUUCACACAGAUCUUCAGAAAUGAUUUUUUAAAUGAUUGCACACAUAGUCCAUUUUCUGGCAUUCCUGUUCUGUUGUGAAUGCAUAAAUUCUGAUCAUUAAUAGACUAUCAGUUAAUGUUGACUGAUAUCCUACUUGUCCUUUCUAGGGUUAUCAUUAUAUUUAAUAAACAUUAACUAUAGUGAAAUGAGCGUGUCACAGGAAAUGGAAGAGAAAUAUUAGCUAAGGAAAAAAUUUAUCUGCGGUACACUGUGAGAGGGAGAAAUGUAUAAGAUGGGAUAAUAGUCCAAGGGUUUGCAAAUUGUAGGUCUAGACACCCCUUGGUUGCUAGCAGUAUAUUUUGUGCCUGAAAAUAGAGGUUAGGGAAUAAGAGAAAAGAGGAUUGUCAUGAAUCUAAGUGGACAUUUUU